AUGGAUUAUAGUCAGAUUAGGACACUAUUGACUGUCACCAAACAGUCCUUUGUUUUUGAAUAUUGCCCUGAUCUAAUGGGCUUCCAAUGGGCAGCCUCAACAACCACAACUUCUUUCGCACUUUCCUUUACACCUUUUAUUUGCUUUUUUCCUAAGCUAAAAGGUUGCAGAGGGCGACCAAAUAUGAUUUUCCACUCUCGUAAUCUCUCCUCCAAACUGGAGGAUCACCGCCACGGCGAAUCGGAGGCCUUAUCGGCUUCCCUACACUCUUUCCGAUCUGACGUAUCGAACUCCUUAAACCAGCUGUCACCAAAUUCGAAUCCCGCAUCGGAGUUCUUGUCCUUAACAUGGAUUCAACAAUGUCUGGAGCUGCUUUCCACUCUCAACAAGGCCUUCGCUAAGCUAGCAGUGGAAAUAGAGUAUCCGAUAAACAAAUGGGAAAGCCCUUCGGUGGAGAAAUAUCUCAAUUACAGCUUGAAAUUGUUAGAAUUCCUCAAUUCCAUCAGUUCCUCACUUUCUCAUCUUGGUCAAGCCCGGGUUUCGAUUUCUCAUGCUCUAAGCCUAGUCGAGUCAUCGCCUCAGUCAGCAGUAGAGCGACUCGGCGCGAUUCAGUUCAAGAACCUGCAGAGCAACGAUUUGAAAGUGGAAGAAAAGGAAGAGAGUGAGGAAACGAAUUGCUAUACAGGAAAGCAGUUGGUUUUCCAUGAAGCCUUGGAGGAAACAAAGAGAAUUGGCUACUGGGUAUGUGGAGUCGCGCUGUUCGGCUUGUCCGGGGAUAAUGAACCGUACUUAGCGAUGAAAAAAGCAGCAAGUGGAUUUCCUGUUUCCUCUCUGGUGGCCCUGGAUUUGAGUUUCUCGGAGGCGGUGGCGGAGGAAAGGGCGGUUCCGAAGCAAUUGAGAGAGGUGAAGGAGGCGGCGGCUUGCCUUGUUGCCGCGGUGGGAGAUGGAGAGAGUGGCGGUGCCGCCAAGCAGUUGGAAAGGAAAUUGGAGGUGAUGGAGGAGCUGCUGGACAGGAUAGGGAAGGAAGCAGAUGGUAUUUUCUCUGAGGUAUUAGCUGGGAGAAAUGAAUUGCUUGAUGUCCUACGACAGCUGAAGCAGUAG